AUGAACGACGUCAUCGUGGUGCUCGCCAGCCAGUCGCCCAACCGCCUCAAGCUCCUUCACCAAAUCGUUCCUUUUUCUUCUUUUACAGUGUUUUCCCUGAAAAAAUCCUUUCUAAAGUCUGAAACUCUGCGUUAGUUCUCAAAAGUUUGCAAGAUUCGGAUGAAAAUGAUGCGAAUUUUAUGGAGAUUUCAAAAUUUGUCACGACCUAUUAUUUUUAUACGCUUUCAGGGAGUGAAGCCGCUAGUAGUUGUGUCAAAUUUCGAAGAGAAUCUGCCGAAAACCCUUCCAGUGGAAGAAUUUGUCGUGGAAACCGCCCGCGGAAAACUUAACGCCGUUGUUGAACAGUUGAAAACAGAAAAAGUGAGUUAUCAAGUAGAUUAUCGGGAAGAAAAAUAUUUUUAUAAUACAAUGAAAAUGUUAAUUUUUUUUGAAUGAGAAGAGUCAGUUGAUUAGAUCCAUGUUUCAAAAAAGUGCAACAGAAACGGUACGACGUGGUGAUCGCCUGCGACACGGUCAUCCACUUCGAGGGGGAAAUCAUCGGCAAACCAGAAGAUGCGGCCGACGCCGUCCGCACUCUGCAGAGGUAUGCUCCGAGACGAAAGCUCCGAAAUGGAGAUUCAGACUGCGUCGGAACUCUCACGACGUCUUCUCGGGCGUCGCUCUUCAUUUCGCCGCCGAUGACCUCACGGAGACCUUCUGCGAGAAGACAAUCGUUCAUUUUGGCGACUUCCCUGACCGCGUAAUCGAGAAAUACGUAGCUUCCGGCGAGCCUUUGUCAGUUUUUUUGCUUUUUGAAAAUAUUUACCCGAAAUUAUGCCAAGCCAUUGAAUUCGUCCUGCGACAUAUAUAACUUCUUCUGCACUUGUUCAAACUUUUUGACAAAUAAUUCUUUUUUUGUUUUGUUUUGCGGAUAGUUGUGAAUUUGUUGAAACUUUGCUGAAAUGCUCUUCAGGGUCUCGUGGCUACAGAUCCGUUGAGAAAUACAACUCGUCUCUUUUUGGAGAUAUGGCGCUCCAAAGCUUGCCAUUCUGAGGCAUGCUUUGGUACUGGGUAACCAAUUCAGAGACGUCAUACCUCGAAACGAAAAAUGUUGUGUGUUCAGUCUCAACUGAUCUGUAGUCAUUAUUUCUGAAGCUAAGUUUCAUCAAGUUUGCAACGCCGUUAACUGGGAUCUGUGAGAGAGAGCUUACCGGAAUAUUUCAGAAAGAAGGCGGGCUCCUACGGAAUCGGAGAAUUCGCGGCGACGUUCGUCUCUGGCGUCGAAGGCUGCCUUCCCAACGUCGUCGGCCUUCCACUUCACCGCGUCUUUCAGGCCCUACUACGGAAAAAUCUUGUCUGA